CAGCCACUACCACCCCUCCUUUCCUUUCUACCCCUCUAUAUCUUGUCUACUUUUUCCUUCCCCCCCUUUCCCCCCUCAGACAUAUUCGUGAGAACGAAGUCGAAACGAACACCAGUCUUACUUCAGAUACUCAUUCGCUCAUCAUGACUUACGGCGAACUCGACCAAUUGGCUAUCAACACAAUUCGUAUUUUAGCGAUCGAUGCUACUUCCGCGGCAAACUCCGGCCACCCUGGUGCGCCCAUGGGAAUGGCCCCCGUUUCUCAUGUCCUUUUCAACAAGUUUAUGAGGUUCAAUCCUAAGAACCCCUCAUGGGUCAAUAGGGAUCGGUUUGUUCUAUCUAACGGUCACGGUUGCAUGCUUCAAUAUGCUCUGUUGCACCUUUUUGGCUACGACCUCAGCAUUGACGACUUGAAGGCUUUUCGUAAAAUUGGAUCUAAGACGCCUGGUCACCCUGAGGCAGCUGAUACCCCUGGUGUCGAAGUUACCACUGGCCCUCUCGGCCAGGGUUUUUCCAACGCUGUCGGUCUUGCCAUUGCUCAAGCCCACACCGCUGCCGUCUUCAAUAAGCCCGGAUAUAACCUUGUUGACAAUUACACAUACCUGUACUUUGGUGAUGGAUGUGCUAUGGAGGGCAUUGCUUCCGAGGCGGCUUCGACCGCUGGACAUUUACAAUUGGGGAAUCUUAUUGCUAUCUAUGACGACAACCAUAUCUCGAUUGAUGGUGACACCAAUUGUGCCUUCACUGAGGAUGUCCUGAAGAGAUUCGAGGCUUAUGGGUGGCACACCCUUCACGUCAAGGACGGAGACCACGAUCUCGAGGCAAUUGAGAAGGCCAUUGCCGAGGCCAAGACUGUCACCGACAAGCCAUCUGUUAUCAAGCUUACCACUACCAUUGGUUUCGGCUCCAAGCUCGCGGGUACCGGAGGUGUUCACGGAAACCCUCUUAAGGCUGAUGAUGCUAAGAAUGUUAAGACUAAGUUCGGAUUUAAUCCUGAAAAGAGCUUCGACGUUCCUUCCAGAGGAAUGGAAGCAAUUGUUUGCCAAAAUUUGCCAACAUAUAAAUCUACUGACGCUGCUGUUGCCUCUCGGAAGCUUUCCGAGACUGUUCUCUCUAAAUUAUAUCCCAUUAUUCCGGAGCUUAUUGGUGGCUCCGCCGAUCUGACUGGGUCCAAUCUUACCAGGGCAAAGGAAGCAAUUGACUUCCAGCCCCCGUCGACAGGGCUUGGGGACUAUGCCGGUCGUUACAUUAGAUACGGUGUACGUGAGCAUGCCAUGGCUGGUAUUAUGAACGGUCUUGCCGCAUAUGGCACCAUUAUCCCUUUUGGCGGAACCUUUUUGAACUUUGUGUCCUACGCCGCUGGUUCUGUAAGACUAAGCGCUUUGAGCCAUGUCCGAUGCAUCCACGUUGCAACUCACGAUUCCAUCGGUCUUGGCGAAGACGGACCUACCCAUCAGCCUAUCGAGACAUUGGCUCAUUUCCGUGCUCUACCUAAUUGCAUGGUCUGGCGUCCCGCAGAUGGUAACGAGGUUUCCGCUGCCUACUAUGUAGCUCUUACAUCUAAGCAAACCCCAAGCAUUAUCGCUCUCAGCAGACAGAACCUUCCACAACUUGAAAACUCCACUAUCGAGCGAGCCAUCAAGGGUGGAUAUGUUGCUGUUGAGGCAGAGAAUGCCGACGUUACUCUUAUCUCUACCGGCAGCGAAGUAGGUAUCUGUGUUGAUGCCGUCAAAUACCUUAAGGAUAACCACAACCUUGUUGCGAGAGUUGUUUCGCUUCCUUGUUGGGAAGUUUUCGAUGCUCAAGACAAGGGGUACAAAUUAUCUGUCAUCCCUGAUGGCAUCCCAGUUCUGUCGGUCGAGGUUAUGAGUACGUUGGGUUGGGAGAAGUUCUCGCAUGAGCAAUUCGGACUAAACCGAUUUGGCGCUUCCGGUCCUUAUAAGCAGGUGUACGAGAAAUUUGAGUUCACACCUGCUGGAAUCUCCAAGCGUGCCGUCGCUACAGUUGGCUUUUGGAAGGAAGUUACGCCUAUCAGAAGCCCUAUCAACAGGGCUUUCACUCAAUUGAUCUAAAUACAUGUCUAGGCCUAAAUGGAGCUUAGACAGUCCUCAGAUAGAUAACUGCUUUUGCGUUUUUCGCUUUUUCAUAUUGCCUUUUUUGGGGGGAUUUCGUGUUGGGUCUGCCUUGGGAAAUUAUCAAUUAAUUCUAGCAACCCAUUAAAUUAUACAAAGCAACUUGCACGUUA